UGAUCCAGUUCCCCAAAAACAUAAUCCAAGAGUCCAAACAAAGAUGGCCAAUGAGAGUGAUGAGUGAACUUGAAAAGCAUCGAACAUCUUCGACCUCUCCUCAACGAUAAGAAAAUCCUCACCCCCCUCCUCCCCAAAAAUCUUCACAUCCACAUAUACAUACCUACGUACCUCUCUGUCUCUCUCUCUCUCUCUCUCUCCUUUGUUUACUCCUCCACAACAAGCUCUAUCCAAUCUUCCCUCCCUCUCUUCAGCUUCUCCACAAUGGCCUCUGCAGCAUCACCAACCUCCCUUUCACUCAUCCCCACCACUUCCUCCUCCGCUUCCCGCACCCGAUCGUCUCUCAAUGCCCCCUCCUCUCUUCCCGCCACCCGCUUCCUCCGCUCCUCCACCCGCCGCCUUGGCUUCGCCGGCGCCGCCGCUGACCCUCUUCUCUCCCUCCCCGUCGCUUCCAAGCUCCGAUCCCUCAAGGCCACCGGCAAGGCCUCUAGGGGCGUCGCCUCCAUGGCCAAGAAAGGAGACCUCACCGCCGCCGAAUUGAAAGGUAAGAAGGUGUUUGUGAGGGCCGAUUUGAAUGUCCCUUUGAACGAUAGUCAGGUCAUCACUGACGAUACCAGAAUUCGAGCUGCUGUCCCUACCAUCAAGCACUUGAUUGACAAUGGGGCUAAAGUCAUUCUUUCCAGUCACUUGGGGCGACCAAAGGGUGUCACUCCAAAAUUCAGCUUGGCGCCUCUUGUGCCCAGGUUGUCUGAACUUCUUGGCAUUCAGGUUGUAAAGGCUGAUGAUUGUAUUGGCCCAGAGGUUGAAAAAUUGGUGGCUUCCCUUCCUGAUGGUGGUGUUCUUCUUCUUGAGAAUGUGAGAUUUUACAAGGAGGAAGAAAAGAAUGAACCCGAGUUUGCAAAGAAGCUUGCCUCAUUGGCUGAUCUCUAUGUCAAUGAUGCAUUUGGCACUGCACAUAGAGCCCAUGCCUCAACUGAGGGGGUUACGAAAUUCUUGAAGCCAUCUGUUGCUGGUUUCCUUUUGCAGAAGGAACUGGACUACCUUGUUGGGGCAGUUUCAAACCCAAAGAGGCCAUUUGCUGCCAUUGUGGGUGGUUCCAAGGUCUCAUCCAAGAUUGGAGUGAUUGAGUCGCUUUUGGAGAAGUGUGAUAUCCUGCUUCUUGGUGGAGGAAUGAUCUUCACAUUCUACAGGGCACAAGGUAUUUCUGUGGGUUCAUCUCUAGUGGAGGAAGACAAGCUUGAUCUUGCAACUUCACUCCUUGCCAAGGCCAAGGCUAAAGGAGUAUCUCUUCUGUUACCCACUGAUGUGGUAAUUGCCGACAAGUUUGCUCCUGAUGCAAACAGCAAGAUUGUCCCAGCAACUGGCAUCCCUGAUGGCUGGAUGGGAUUAGAUAUUGGACCGGACUCUAUUAAGAUAUUUAAUGAUGCUUUGGACACUACCAAAACUGUUAUUUGGAAUGGACCAAUGGGAGUGUUUGAGUUUGUCAAGUUUGCUGCUGGAACAGAGGCAAUUGCAAAGAAGUUAGCUGAACUCAGUGGGAAGGGAGUGACAACCAUAAUUGGAGGUGGUGACUCUGUUGCAGCUGUAGAAAAAGUAGGAGUCGCUGAUGUGAUGAGCCACAUAUCAACAGGUGGUGGUGCCAGUUUGGAGUUGUUGGAAGGCAAAGAACUCCCUGGUGUCCUUGCUCUUGAUGAAGCCACACUAGUUACUGCUUAAGACAAGUUCCAUACGAUUUUUUCCCCCCACCCAUCCAUCCCCUUAUUGACAUGUCAAUUCGGGCUUGUAAACGAGAAAUGUUGUAGCCGAAUACGAGUUCGUGUAGUUGGUUUUCACCGUUGCCAUCAAUGUAAGGUCCCAUUUACCCUGUUUUCCUGACCCCUCGUUCACAUUAAGGAUGGUAAGAAAUGUUUUAAUGGCAAGAAACCUUUUCUAGUCAUUAAUAAAUUGGGCACCCUCUCAGCCUGUCAGCCCCACCACCUGAAAACCUUGUUUUUUCCAAAUUAAAUUUGUUUGCCGUGUCUUUUGUUUUUGGGUUUAAAUCUGUUAAGCUUGUAAGUAACAUUACAACCAUGGAAUGAUAAUGACCCAAUCCUUAAACUCCA